AUGGACGGCUCCUCCCGCACGCUCUCUCCCUUCGAUCCACCCCAACCAACCACUCAAGUCUCUCCGGGAUAUUCAGUCCAACCUCAAAAUCCCUUGGGCCUGGCAGCCGCAGCGGCAGCCGCCGCAGUCAAUAGCCAAACCGCCAUGCAGCUCCAAUCUCAACCUGCCACUGCAACCGCAACCGAGCAACAACAUCCCACCGACCUCUCCCAAUCCGCGGCGGCGGCAGUGGCCCAGGACACCUACCCGCAUCAAAUCUCCGAGUCGGGCGGGCCUACAGCGACAGCGCCCUUCCUACGAGACUUCAGUCUGGUCGCGGAGGCGGCCAAACGGGCACAGAUGUCUGUGAUGGUGCGAGAUUUGGAGAGUGUCACGCUAUAA